AUGGGAGUUCAAAAGUAUAUCUUUUCAUACUUAUUGGUAGCAUUUUCUUUGAGCUUGACCUCCACCUCCGGCCUCAGCAAUGGCGCCCAUUUGCCUAGUAAUGCCUACCAGCAAGAAUCGGGCUAUGAUUUGAGCGCCUUUCCUUCGUAUGCUGGGCUCCACUCUGAGAACGAUUCGUACAAGACUUACAUGAAGAGUAGGAGAUCACUUUCUGCAGCAUCGGUUCAAACAGUAGUUAAUGUGCUUGAUAUUGGGGCUAAAGGUGAUGGAGCUACUGAUGAUACCAAGGCAUUUGAGACAGCAUGGGCUAAAGCAUGUUCAUCUUCAGCAGAAGUCAAUUUUGUUGUGCCAAAAAACAGAAAUUUUCUUGUGAAACAAAUUAAGUUUUCAGGGCCUUGCAAAUCUGGCAUAACAGUGCAGAUUGGUGGAGCUAUAAUAGCAUCCAAUGAUCGUUCAGACUACAGCAAAGAUAGGAGGCAUUGGAUUGUUUUCCAUGGUGUACAAAAUCUAGUGGUUUCAGGUGGUGGAGUAGUAAAUGGCAAUGGCAAAAUCUGGUGGCAAAAUUCUUGCAAAACAAAUAAAGCCAAUCCAUGCACCGUUGCUCCAACGGCCUUGACCUUCUACCAGUGCACAAAUUUGGUAGUGAAUAACCUAAACAUAGAAAAUUCCCAACAAAUUCAUUUGUCAUUUGAGAAGUGUAAAAAUGUUCAAGUUUCCAACCUUGUGGUGACGGCUCCUGGAAACAGCCCCAACACCGAUGGAAUCCACGUCACCGACACCCAAAACAUCAAAAUCUCUUCCACCACCAUCGCCACAGGUGAUGACUGCAUCUCGAUUGUAAGUGGAGCACAGAAGGUUUUGGCGACCGGUAUAACUUGUGGACCUGGCCAUGGAAUCAGUAUUGGAAGCUUAGGUGCUGGAAAUUCAGAAGCUGACGUAUCCGACAUUGUGAUCAAUGGAGCUAAGCUUUCUGGAACAACUAAUGGGGUCAGGAUCAAGACAUGGCAGGGUGGAUCUGGUAGAGCAAGCAACAUCAAAUUUCAGAACAUAGAGAUGGAAAAUGUGGAGAAUCCAAUAAUCAUAGACCAACACUAUUGUGAUCAAGACAAACCUUGUAAAGAAGAGAGCUCAGCAGUGCAAGUGGAGAACAUUCUAUAUCAGAACAUCAAAGGGACAAGUGCCUCCAAGGUGGCGAUCGCUUUCGACUGCAGCAAGAGCCAUCCGUGUGAGGGAAUUGUUAUGCAGAAUGUCAAGUUGCAAGGUGAAAGCACCGCGAAUUCCAAGGCUGUUUGCAACAAUGUCAAGUUCUUGAGUCCACCAACCUUUUCACCCAAUUGCGCUAAUUAACUCUUCACCUAAUUGCUUUAUUUUAUUACAGUACAUUUUAUGCAUGCUAGCUGUGACUAAAUGUGUGUUUUAGUUGGCAAACCUUAAUUUUAGUGUUUCAUGUACUUUGUAUAAAGAAUUCAUGUACUUGUAUAAAGAUAUAUACUUCAUCAAUAAAGAUCGAUCGAUGU